GAAGGCUCUCCAGUGAGAGUCAGUUUCACCGACAACCUUGUCUGUCUUGUUGACACCAAACAGCGAUAAAUCAAUUUAAUGUUCGCAAGGACAAAAGAGUAGACUCGUUGUAGGACAAUCAAAAGUUUAACGAGCAUUUUAUUACCAAACGUCGCCGGGGAGAAAUAAUCAUUUUUGGAUUUCUAAUCAAGGAAGAAAAAGUAGUUCACGCUCGCGGGUCGAUUGUCCGCUACAAUUUUGAUUUGCUAAAUUAAACAAGUUUUGUUGUUUCAGUUAACGUUAGUUCUGUAAAUGUUGUGACAUUUAAAAUAGUAUUUUGCAUUAGCCGUCGUUCGUGUGACGGGUGAACCCGAGCUGUCAACCCCGAUGACUACUGCAAAUUGCACUGGUAAUGAGGAGCUGGACUUCAGGCUGAUCUUCGGAGAGGACGGCCAACAGCAGUCGCUAGGCCCCGCAGAUCUGGAGCCUGACGACAAUACGUCGUUCUACAUCCUCAAUGUGGGCCAGCAGUCCGUGGUCAACAACCAGUCUAUGGGUCAGUCUCGCAAUGGCAGCAUGCAGCCUCACUCCCACUCCCACUCCCAAGUCAUCAGCUCCUCCACCCAUCAGCGCCUGCAGUCCCACAAGGUGUACGACCCCAUUUAUGAGGUCCAGGACAAUGUCAACAAAAACAAAUCCAGCCCUGCAGGUGGGGGUGGGGGGCCUCCCAAAGCCUUUGAGUGUCCUAGCAUCCAGAUCACCUCUAUCUCCCCCAGCUGUCAGCAGGAGAUGGACGCUAACGAGGACAAUCUUAGAGGUAAUGAUGGGGACUAUCACCAUGGGGACCGGCCCCUGUCCAGGGACCACCUGUACCUGCCCUUAGACCACUCAUACCGGGACUCAACUCUCAGCCCGUCCCCCUGCAGCUCCCUGUCCUCCAGGAGCUGGUUCUCAGACGCCUCGUCCUGCGAGUCCUUCUCCCACGAGUACGAUGACGUGGACUCUGAGCUGAACGAAGCGGCUGCAAGGUUUACCCUGGGGUCUCCCCGCACCUCCCCUGGCUGCUCCCCUCACCCUGGGGUCCUGGAGGAGGGUCUGUGGGCUGGGCAUCAGCACCACCACCCUGCCUUUCACUCCUCCCACUCCCUCCCCCGAGUCUCCCCCUGCCACUCCCCACGCACCUCCGUCACCGACGAGAACUGGCUGAGCCCCCGGCCGCCGUCCCGCCCCUCCUCACGCCCCACCUCACCCUGUGGGAAGAGACGCCACUCCAGCGCAGACAUCUGCUACCCAAUGGGCUCCGUGUCCCCACACCACUCCCCGAUCCCCACCCCCGAGCCGUCCCCAAGGGGCAGCGUGACAGAGGACAUCUGGAUAGGAAGCCCCUCCAUGGGCAUGUUCCAGUGCUGCCCUUCCGAGGCAGACAUCCCCUCCAAGACUAGGAAGACUUCCCAGGACCGGACAUGCUCCAUGGGGGGGAAGGGGGACCUGGGCCUGGACGACUCUGGGAACGGGUCCCCCCUCAUGGACUCUCCCUCGGAAGACACCUUGCACUCCCUGAAGAAGGACGGGCCAGGGGAACAGUUUCUCUCAGUGCCCUCACAUUUCACAUGGAACAAACCCAAACCAGGACACACACCCAUCUUCAGGACCUCUUCCCUACCCCCCCUGGACUGGCCCCUGCCCCACCUGUUUGGCCAGUACGAGCUGAAGGUUGAGGUGCACCCCAAGGCCCACCACCGAGCACACUACGAGACGGAGGGAAGCAGAGGGGCGAUCAAAGCUGCAUCAGGUGGUCAUCCUGUUGUCAAGCUGAUGGGCUACAACGAGAAGCCUGUCAACCUACAGAUGUUCAUCGGCACGGCAGACGACCGCUACCUCAGACCUCACGCCUUCUACCAGGUGCAUCGGAUCACUGGGAAAACGGUGGCCACCGCCAGCCAGGAGAUCAUCAUUUCCAGCACCAAAGUUCUCGAGAUUCCUCUGCUUCCCGAAAACAAUAUGUCUGCCAGCUCCCCUCCCUAUCUCUGUUGCAGUAUUGACUGUGCUGGCAUCCUGAAGCUGCGGAACUCAGACAUUGAGCUGCGGAAGGGGGAGACUGAUAUCGGGCGGAAGAACACGCGUGUGCGAGUGGUGUUUCGUGUUCACAUUCCCCAGCCCAAUGGGAAGGUUCUCUCUCUACAGGCUGCAUCCAUCCCUGUGGAGUGUUCCCAGCGUUCGGCCCAGGAGCUUCCCCAGGUAGAGAAGGCCAGUCUGACCGGCUGUCUGGUCAGCGGGGGAGAGGAGAUGGUCAUCACAGGAUCCAACUUCUUCCCCGAAUCAAAGGUCAUAUUCCUGGAGAAGGGCCCUGAUGGACGACCCCAGUGGGAAGUGGAGGCGAAAAUCAUCCGUGAGAAAAGUCUAGGAUCGAGCGUCGUAGUGGAGGUCCCUCCCUACCACAGUAAGACCGUGACCUCGGCUGUUCAGGUGCAGUUCUACGUGUGUAACGGCAAACGGAAAAGGAGCCAAUCACAACGCUUCACUUACCUGUCAGUCCUGGUGAAGCAGGAGCACAACAGAGAAGAGAUGGAAGGGCCCCCUGCUGUGCCCCCCAUGCCCGGUAUGUCCAUGCCCCUGGCCCAUGCUGCCAGCCUGGUCCGCAGUACCCACACCCAGCUGCCUUCCCCUGAGCAGGGCCACCCACCGGACGGCCUUCUGUCCAGCUCUCCCCGGGGCCUGGCUGCGGGCCCCGGCUCCAGCCUCCAUACUCUGCAGCCUGCCUGCCCCCUCAUGGGCUCCCCCUCCUUCCAGCACCUGCCUCACCUCCAGGGCCGAGGCCUCCACACGCCUGCUGACUGCCACAUGACGUUCCAUCCGGGCCCAGCCCCUCCCAACAGGCCCUCCUACCAACACCAUCCUAUGCAGCAGAGUCACACCCACCCCAGCCACCUAAGCAACCUAAAUCCCAACCUGCCCUACAAUGGCCAGCCCAGCCUUUCCAUGAACACUGGGGCUCCGCAGAGCUAUGAGAGGAUGCCUUACCACCACCAGCAGCAGUCUGACCCCGGGGCCUCCCACCCCCACCCCAUGGGGCUGGGUAUGGUGUACCACUCCUCCCCAUCCACCUCCGCCCAGCAGGUCUCCAGCCCCCACAGCCCCAUCUCCACGGCCCCCCACAGCCAGCCCAUGACCCACUCAUCCCACUCUGCCCCUCACCUGCUCUCCAUGGGCUACCACUGCCCCCCCAACCCCAGCCAGGUGCCCUCGCCCACCCGCCUCAACCACACCAUGGGCCAGCCCUCACCCACCCACCCAAACCAUCCUAUGCAGCCCUCCCCCAGCUGCAGGAGCAAUGGGGGCUACCACCCCACCAGCCAGAGGUCUGCCUCCUGUCCCACUACCUCCAGUGCCCCUCCAGCCCACAUGGUUCCUUCGCCCCAUUCCGGGCCAUCCUCCCCCCAGCUCCACUCCCUACCCUACCAGUCGCCCACCUCCCCCCCCACCGGCAGCCCUCUGGGCCCCCCAGCACACAGUCCCCAGGCCAGCAGCCCUGUCAUGUCCAGCCUGUCCCCAGGCUCGUGCAGCAGCAACCCCGUGCAGCAGCACCUUGCCCCCCAGCAGAGCCCCUUCCCUAUGGAGGGGGAGAGUGUGAACAUCAAGCAGGAGCCGGAGGAGAGAGAGCCCACCUUCAGAACCAUCGGCCUGCAGGACAUCACACUGGACGACGUGAAUGAGAUCAUCGGCAGAGACAUGUCCCAGUCCCCUGGUGGCGGUGCCCAGUCGUAGCGCUGUCCGUGGCCAGGCCUCCACACACCCAGCUGGGCAUAGCAGUGUCCUCACCAGCCCCAACACCACCACCUCCACCACAGGACUUUACCUGCCUCUAGGCAGGACAGACUGGGCUGAGAUUCCCCUUUACACUUCAUGGACCUACCAGUCCACAAAAAGACCCUCCAGACACACAUGAACAAACCUUUCAUAACAGCAAAAGAGCUCAGAUUCACCCACCUACACAUGUACAGUGGGGCAAAAAAAGUAUUUAAUCAGCCACCAAUUGUGCAAGGUCCCCCACUUAAAAAGAUGAGAGAGGCCUGUAAUUUUCAUCAUAGGUAGACUUCAACUAUGACAGACAAAAUGAGAUUUUUUUUAUUUAUUUGCAAAUUAUGGUGGAAAAUAAGUAUUUGGUCACCUACAAACAAGCAAGAUUUCUGGCUCUCACAGACUUGUAACUUCUUCUUUAAGAGGCUCCUCUGUCCUCCACUCGUUACCUGUAUUAAUGGCACCUGUUUGAACUUGUUAUCAGUAUAAAAUACACCUGUCCACAACCUCAAACAGUCACACUCCAAACUCUACUAUGGCCAAGACCAAAGAGCUGUCAAAGGACACCAGAAACAAAAUUGUAGACCUGCACCAGGCUGGGAAGACUGAAUCUGCAAUAGGUAAGCAGCUUGGUUUGAAGAAAUCAACUGUGGGAGCAAUUAUUAGGAAAUGGAAGACAUACAAGACCACUGAUAAUCUCCCUCGAUCUGGGGCUCCACGCAAGAUCUCACCCCGUGGGGUCAAAAUGAUGACAAGAAUGGUGAGCAAAAAUCCCAGAACCACACGGGGGGACCUAGUGAAUGACCUGCAGAGAGCUGGGACCAAAGUAACAAAGCCUACCAUCAGUAACACACUACGCCGCCAGGGACUCAAAUCCUGCAGUGCCAGACGUGUCCCCCUGCUUAAGCCAGUACAUGUCCAGGCCCAUCUGAAGUUUGCUAGAGAGCAUUUGGAUGAUCCAGAAGAAGAUUGGGAGAAUGUCUUAUGGUCAGAUGAAACCAAAAUAUAACUUUUUGGUAAACCUCAACUCGUCGUGUUUGGAGGACAAAGAAUGCUGAGUUGCAUCCAAAGAACACCAUACCUACUGUGAAGCAUGGGGGUGGAAACAUCAUGCUUUGGGGCUGUUUUUCUGCAAAGGGACCAGGACGACUGAUCCGUGUAAAGGAAAGAAUGAAUUGGGCCAUGUAUCAUGACAUUUUGAGUGAAAACCUCCUUCCAUCAGCAAGGGCAUUGAAGAUGAAACGUGGCUGGGUCUUUCAGCAUGACAAUGAUCCCAUACACACCACCCGGGCAACGAAGGAGUGGCUUCGUAAGAAGCAUUUCAAGGUCCUGGAGUGGCCUAGCCAGUCUCCAGAUCUCAACCCCAUAUUGGAGGGAGUUGAAAGUCUGUGUUGCCCAGCAACAGCCCCAAAACAUCACUGCUCUAGAGGAGAUCUGCAUGGAGGAAUGGGCCAAAAUACCAGCAACAGUGUGUGAAAACCUUGUGAAGACUUACAGAAAACGUUUGACCUCUGUCAUUGCCAACAAUGACAAAGUAUUGAGAAACUUUUGUUAUUGACCAAAUACUUAUUUUCCACCAUAAUUUGCAAAUAAAUUCAUAAAAAUCCUACAAUGUGAUUUUCUGGAUUUUUUGUUUUCUCAUUUUGUCUGUCAUAGUUGAAGUGUACCUAUGAUGAAAAUUACAGGCCUCUCUCAUCUUUUUAAGUGGAAGAACUUGCACAAUUGGUGGCUGACAACUUUUUUUUUUUGCCCCACUAUAUACAUCAGAUUAUAAAACAGGAGAACACCGCAGGGUGGUGACAAACUGUAGGAUUAUUGGGGUCAGUGAGUGGCAGAAAGACGAGGAACAUGUUCAGUUGACUUCGGGUUCAUUUUUAGCAUUAGUUCUCUGUCCUGGGCUCAGAUCCGCAGAGUGAUCACCUCCUAAACGGUUUCUAAGCAGCUAAACUCUGCUCAGGGUGUCUGGAUGGAGUAUGUAAUAUACCCUCCCUCACAAUGUUGUCCCUAACAGUGUAGUGCUCAGUGAGGAACAAUAGGUCCCCUCAGUAGGAAUAAAGAAGGGUUGAAUACUGUACUCAUGAUUUUCUCACCAGCAUAGACCUCGACGGUACAAACACCCCGGUUGGUUGAGCACCCCCUGGGAGUGUAGAGGUAGUACUGCAGCCCCACUGCGACACCCCCAUCACCCUUGUCCUUCUUUGUCUCUGGUGCUGGACUGGGAUCUGUAAUAUGCAACAUUCCACACUUCUAGUGACCUUCCAGCCAUGUAGUGCCUUCAGAAAGUAUUCACACCCCUUGACUUUUUCCCCCAAAAAUUGUGAUACAGCCUCAAUUUCAAAUAUAUUAAAUGUAGACCUUUUUGUCGCGGGCCUACACGCAAUACCCGAUAAUGUCAAAGUGGACUUGUGUUUUCAGAAUUCUUUAUAAAUUCAUAAAAAAUAAAAAGCUGAAAUGUCUUGAGUGAAUAAGUAUUCAACCCCUUUGUAUUGACAAGCCUAAAUAAGUUCAGGAGUAAAAAUGAACUUAACAAGUCACAUAAGUUGCAUGGAUUCAACCACAAAGACCAGGGAGUUUUUCCAAUGCCUCGCAAAGAAGGCCACCUAUUGGUAGUUGGGUAAAAAAAAACAGCAGACAUUGAGCAUAUCCCUUUGAGCAUGGAGAAGUUAUUAAUUACAUGUUGGAUGGUGUAUCAAUACACCCAGUCACUACAAAGAUACAGGCCUCCUUCCUAACUCAGUUGCCAGAGAGGAAGGAAACGGCUUAGGGAUUUCACCAUGAGGCCAAUGGUGACUUUAAACCAGGUAAAGAGUUUCAUGGCUGUGAUAGGAGAAAACAGGAUGAAUCAACAACAUUGUAGUUAUUCUACAAAACUAACCUAAUUGACAGAGUGAAAAGAAGGAAGCCUGUACAGAAUAAAAAUAUUCCAAAACAUGCAUCCUGUUUGCAACAAGGUACUAAAGUAAUACUACAAAAAAAAUUGGCAAAGCAAUUAACUUUUUGUUCUGAGUACAAAGUGUUAUGUUUGGGGCAAAUCCAAUACAACACAAUACUGAGUACCACUCUCCAUAUUUUCAAGCAUAGUGAUGGCUGCAUUAUGUUAUGUGUAUGCUUGUAAUCGAUAAGGACUGGAGAUUCUUUUAAAUAAAAUAAUAAGCAGAAUGGAGCACAGGCAAAAUUCUAGAGGGAAAUCGGGUUCAUUCUGCUUUCCACCAGACACUGGGAGGUGAAUUCACUUUUAAUACAAUAAUAAUAAUACAAUAAUACAAUAACUUAAAACACAAGGCCAAAUCUACACUGAAGUUGCUUACCAAGAAGACAGUGGAUGUUCCUGAGUGGCCAAAUUACAGUUUUGACUUGAAUCUGCUUGAAAAUCUGUGGCAAGACCUGAAAAUGGUUGUCUAGCAAUGACCAACAACCAUCAACAACCAAAAGGUUAAUUGUUGCACAAUCCAGGUGUGCAAAGCUCUUAGAGACUUACCCAGAAAGACUCACAGCUCUAAUCACUGCUUAAGGUGCUUCUAUAAAGUAUUGACUCAGGGGUGUGAAUACUUAUGUAAAUUAGAUUUCUGUAUUUCAUUUUAAAUAAAUUAGCAAACAUUUAUAAAACAUGUUUUUACUGUCAUUAUGGGUUAUUGUGUAGAUAUUAUCCAUUUUAUAUUCAGGCUGUACCACAACAAAAGGUGUAAUAAGUCAAAGGGUCUGAAUACCUUCUGAAACCACUGUAUCUGUGUAUUAUUACUACUCUCCUCCUGACUCCCCAAUCCUCCUCUUCAGGUUGAACAAAUGCCUUAUAAACCUUGUUAAAUAGCAGCUUUGAAUGAUAGGAUGAUAAACACUUGUUUGUUUGUACAGCUGACUCUUCAUGCAGAGUAUGACUUAGAUUUUUAUAGGAAUGAGAUGGAUUUCUGAGUUUGUGAUAUGGAGACGCUUGACUUUCGAUGAAUAUGUUUUAUGCGAUGGAUAGAUGAACACUGGUUUUCUCCAGACCGAGGUAGCCCGUUAAGACAAGUAAAUAUAUAUAUGUAACUGUAAGUAGACUCGUUGGAGUUUAAUUAAAGGUGGUGUUUGAAUUAUCCACAGAGCAAGACGGACCUGUGUUCCUCUGAACUCUGUCAUGCAAUAACUAAAGAGUGUCUGAAAUGGCACCCUAUUCCCUGUAUAGUGCAUUACUUUUGGCCAGCAUACUGGUCAAAAGUAGUGCACUAUACAGGGAAUCGGGUGUAAUUGUGGAUGCACACUAACUGUCUUGAUGCCCUGGGCCCAGUUUUUCAAAACUUUUAAUCUGGAUAAGAAUGAUCCGGAUUCUGUAAUCCUUUUUUGCAAUCCAGGAUCAGAUUGAGCUGGCUGUUUUUGGGCCAGUUUUUCAGAAAAUAAUUAGAUAGAAUCAUUCUGAUCCACAACAUGAAGAUCACAGAAUCCAGAUUGUCAGUGCUUUCAACAGGCCUACACCUUUCCAUCUAGUGGACAGGUUAUGGUACUACUACACUGUCAUGGGGAAACAGAGAUGAGUAAACUACAUGAAUAAAAUAUGACACCUUUCCAUCUAGUGGACAGGUUAUGGUACUACUACACUGUCAUGGGGAAACAGAGAUGAGUAAACUACAUGAAUAAAAUAUGACACCUUUCCAUCUAGUGGACAGGUUAUGGUACUACUACACUGUCAUGGGGAAACAGAGAUGAGUAAACUACAUGAAUAAAAUAUGACACCUUUCCAUCUAGUGGACAGGUUAUGGUACUACUACACUGUCAUGGGGAAACAGAGAUGAGUAAACUACAUGAAUAAAAUAUGACACUUUUCUAAAUCCACCCUGAAUCCACCCUGAAUCCACCCUGAAUACAACCCUUCUAGUGGGAUCAACAUAAUCCACAUUUUAGGCAUCAAAACUAUCAUCAUCACCUUUUUUGAGUAAAAAAAAAAUGCAAAAACUACAUUUAAUCCUGUUUUAAUGGUCAGAUUGGAUUACCAAAUCUGGAGGAUCAGAAUAGUUGUGUUUUCUUUUGAAAAACCCAAUUCUAACAUGUAAUUUUAUCUGAUUGCAGAAAUCCAAUCAGAUAACUUUUGAAAAACUGGGCCCAGAGACUCUGCCUUCCACUUUGUAACAACCAUACCUUCUGAGGGUAAAGCAGCUUCAAUCCACAUACUAUUGGAAAUAAUAUAACACAUUGAAAACUGCAGAUUUAAACUGUUGAUAAAAGUAUUUUAUAGAUAGUCAUUUAUAUAUACUGUAUUUAUGUAUAGCCCCCCCCCACCACCCCUAAUGAACAAGGUUAAGUUUUUUUUUUUUUAUGACUUUCAUUUUUGUAUGUUGUUGGUUCUUCCAGGCCCCCUGUGUGUUGCACAUCAAGACAAUCACGACAAAUUAUCAUUUUGUCUUCAGGAUGGUACUUUAACAAAAAUAUGUAUUUGUCAAUCUUCCUCCUUGGGGAGACAUACAGACUGCGAAUGUAUGGAAUAUUGAUAGCAAUAAUAAAAAGAUUUUCAGUUUGCCUGAGAAUUACAACAACAAAAAGUCCAAAGAAAAUGACAAAACGAAGUGUUAAAAAGCAACAUAUUCCAGUCCAACAUCAUCAUAAGGAUGUUUACAGAAUGUGAUUCUGAAUGCUGGAUAGAUGUAUGUAUGUAUGCCAUACAUUACUUAGCCAUGCUGUAAUAUAACAUGUUGAUUGGUCUGGGUAGGAACAACUCCUAUUGCCUUAACAUGUUCUCUGUGAUUGGACAAUGAUAUAUGUAUAUUCUUGCAUGUAUAUUUUUUUCUCUGAGAGGAUGUUGCUAAUGACAACUGUCAAUCAUGUCCAAUCAGAAAUAGAAAAUAAUUCUGCUAUACACAAAAAACCUGCCUGAUGCCUUUAAAAACAUUUUUUUUUUAAAUUAAAAAAUAACCUUGAUGCCUAUAGUUGUAGAUGCAGCAGAGAUGCUUGGUUCUGUUACUUCAAGACUCUGUUUACACAGGUAGUUCAAUUCUGAUCUUUUUCUCACUAAUCAGAUCAGCUCUGAAAAAGUUAUGUGAUUGGUCAAAGAACCAAUUAGUGGAACAAAUAUCAGAAUUGGGCUGCCUGUAUAAACGCAGCCUUCUUGAGUAUCAGCACAAUACUUAUUAGUCCUGCAUACCAGAGGGCCAGUCAGUGAAUCUGCCUUGUAAAGGACACAGUGCAAGCGUUUUAGUAGAUUAUAUUAAGUUUGGAUGUGUGCGUUUGUACCCAAUAAACUGUAGAUAAGUGUUUUUUUUAUAAUGAAUUUCAGUUCUGUACAAUACAAGCACACAGAUGCAUUAGGCUACUAUGCAAACCAUGACGAAAGCAUCAUGACAACGUGAUAUUUGGCAUCGAGUACAAAAUAACUGGUUUGUUUGUAAUAAUCUCUAGUGGCUUUUGUUUCAUGUGUAAAACCUUUUCAAAUAGUGAGGAGAGAAUGUCACUAUUUGUUCAUUUAAACUAUAGGAAGGCCUUAACUCAUGUGUUGAAUAUGAAUUACUGGUUUGUUGUCUGUAUGCUCUUCUGGGUUAAUAAUUUACUUGAGAAUAUAUAUUUUGGACAGUAGGACGUUAGUUACAAGAGGAAGGGCUGGCUCUGGUGCUGCUUGUGAGACUGUUACCUGAUUCACAGUAUAGAGUUGAUCAGAACCGUACUGUGCUGGCUUGGAUGUUUCAUUUUCACAUGGUCCUUUCCAGGACAGUUCCAGCACUAUGUAGAUGUGUAAAAAGGGCAGCCCAGUACAGCUCAGCUUGGCUCUAUAGUGUGAAUGAGGCAUAUGAGUCCAGAAACAAGAGCAGCAUUAAAUUCAGUAACCAUUCGCUCUCUGCCAUCCUCUUCUGUAAAACCAAAGAUAAACAAUAUGUUCCCAUUUUACAUACCGGUAAAAAGCAACACAGACUGACAUUAGAACUCUAUUUUUGAUACUUUGAAAUGGAUGUCAUUCCUAACGGUUGGGUACAUAUAUCUAUAAAUAUAUGUUUUGUAAAAGAAAAGGGAAAUACAGGUUUUACCUGAUGUUUACAGGAACCUUGUAUUGUCAUUUCAUGUACAUUUUGUAUUUUAAAACCAUUUUGUAAUUUAAGACUGCAGUGCUUUUUGAAUGUAUUUAAAGGGAAUACCUUGCAUUUAGGCUCUUACAGUAGUGUAUCAAUAAAAAUACAAAUGUCAAACUUUG